AUGGCUAUUUCUGUUAUGUCUAAAAAUUAUUGCCAGACUUUGGCAAUAUUGAUGUUAGCCGGAAUAUUGAUCUCCGGCAAUCACCAAGUCAUGGCCCGAAAAUGUCGGCCGAUCAAUAACAAGCAGCUAGCCCAACUUGUAUUUCAAUGCAAGCAGUAUGUUAAUAAAGGGAAGCCGAAUGGAGUCAUUAAGCCUUCGACAGCGUGCUGUAAAGCGGUGAAUACUGUGGGGCUAUGCCUGUGCCAACUUGUUACUAAGAAACUUGAAAGUCAGAUUGAUAUGCAGAAGGUAAUCAAAGUGGCACGCAAAUGUACUGGCCAGAGAAUUCCACCAGGAACAAAAUGUGGAAGUUAUACUGUCCCCCGGGCAUGA